AAGUGAUGGUCGAAUGGAUUGGUAUAUAAAUGGUUAUGUUCUGUGUUUGACUGAAUGGAAAAACCAGUCCAAUUUGGUAGACCAGGCGCCGCCGUGUGCCUCAUCGAGUUGGGCCUCGAAGUACUUGAGCGCCUCAUCGACGAUGAGGCGCUCAAGUACUUCGAGGCCCAACUCGAUGAGGCACACGGCGGCGCCUGGUCUACCAAAUUGGACUGUGACAAUAUCUGAUGAGACAAUGAAUUCGCUUCCAAUUCUUCAUAAGUUGACCGACACUUCGAUGAGAAGUCCAAAUGUUUUCUCAAAUCUACAAUUCAGUCAAAGUCUGUCAAAUACGACAAUUAAAUUCCUGAAUCAACUCUUCUCAAGACAUAAAUCAAGACGAAUGAAAGAUGUGAUAAAGUGUACGAACGCCUCAAACUCUUUAAACAAUGUAUGUCUUGUGAUGCGAUCGCAACAGUCGACCACAAUGUUUAACCAAAGCCAACAGAACUCAGUGACCGAAUGCUAUCAUUUGCAGACAUCGGUCACACCUUCAGUCACUUUUGCCAAUAGAGGCGAUGGACUCGUUUCCGUGCAUUUAAUGGAUCGCAUUAUGAUUAACGACAAUGAAUUGUAUUCAAUGGGAUUAUCGCACAAUCAAAACGAUUACAACACUCACACAAAUCAUAACUCAUUACAAUUAUCGCCGCUUUCACUCAACAGUGAUUCUCUACAAGAGUACGACAUUAAAGGCAAGCAAUGGUUUUAUGGAUCCACACAACGAGACAAUGCCACCAAAAUGUUGGACAACUGUCCCAUCGGUUCGUUUAUAGUCCGACGUUCAACGACUCAACAAAAUUGUUUCGCUCUCACCCUAAGAGUUCCCAACGAUUAUCAUUUGACAGGAAUCGCACACUAUUUGAUUGUCAUGACUGAGAGACAAACUUUUAAAAUAAAGGGUUUCUCCAAAGAAUUCCAAAGCAUUGAAUGCCUUGUUAUACAUCACAGUAUUAUGAAAGAACUGCUUCCCUGUCCACUACUCCUUCCCAACAAUCAAAUCAAAACCUUAUUAAACAAAAAUUAUUUCAAUUGUUCACAAAAUGCAAAUCUAAAUAAUUUGAACGACAAUUCAAGCGAAGAUAUAUUGGUUGACAUCGAUUCAGAUCCCAAUUACCAGAAGAUUCUAAUUAAUUUCCUUAAACGAUGUCUGUAUGUCUCGAAUAUGACUCGUGAGGCAUACGGCGGGAGAUUGCCGUCAAAGAAGUUGAGGGCGGAUGUGAUGGAAACAAUAACAAUACUGAGAAGUCUGCGGUGUUUGACAGAAAUGUGUGCCAAUUGUGGUCAUAAUUUGCGGAAACGUCUCGAAGUCGACGACUGUUUUUGGUCUGAGAAAGCCGUAGACAAACGCGAGAGCGCUUUGAUAUGUGCGCGGCCUAAAGUCAAGUGUUGGACACAACCAUAUCGUGUGAGUCCUCCCAAUUCACACCACGAUUUCGGAGUCUUUGCAAAAUUUUUGGACAAAGAUAUUGAAGAGCUCAUCGUUGGCCGCAAUUGUGGUGAAAGGAUUGCAAUACACUUGGAUUCGCGACAUUCUUCCCGUCGACCACUUGUCAAACACAUCCACGGCUUUGGCAUUCAAAUUGUGGACAAUCGACGUCUCGAAGUCGACGACUGUUUUUGGUCUGAGAAAGCCGUAGACAAACGCGAGAGCGCUUUGAUAUGUGCGCGGCCUAAAGUCAAGUGUUGGACACAACCAUAUCGUGUGAGUCCUCCCAAUUCACACCACGAUUUCGGAGUCUUUGCAAAAUUUUUAGACAAACUUAGAUCAGUGAUCACAGCAGAGAUGUUGAAGAGCUCAUCGUUGGCCGCAAUUGUGGUGAAAGGAUUGCAAUACACUUGGAUUCGCGACAUUCUUCCCGUCGACCACUUGUCAAACACAUCCACGGCUUUGGCAUUCAAAUUGUGGACAAUCGGUGGCAUUGAGUUG